AAAACAACCAGCAGAGGAGGAUUCCUCAACUCCCCAAGUCCCAACAAAGAACAAACCCACACUUCUGAACUCCUACAACAACAACAACAAGAAUCCUUACACUCAGAGAAGGCAGAGGUUUUGGGUUUCUGUGUUUCACAUAUACAACAACAAGAGACAAAGCUGGUAAGGGUUUUUAUUAUUACAGAUUGGGUGGAGCAAGCAAAGCAAGGCAGACUAUAUAGCUAGGAUGAGCAAGUGGCUGGGUUUCUCCCUCAACCCACACCUCCAAAUCCAAGACUAUCAUCAUGAUGGCGGCGACUAUGGUAAUGAUAAUGAUCACAACCAUAGUCAUCACCAUCAUCUGGAACUCCCACUUGCUGCCGCUUUCUCUUCUUCAUCGCCAUCUUCUUCUUCUUCGUCUGCGGAUCACAUGACCAUGAUGCACCACCAUCACAUGCUGCCGUCUCUCCACUCCGCCGCCGCCGCCGAUCUUCCUCCCUUUUCCGUCUUCUCUGCUGUAUCAGGAGGAGGAGAAGGGAUGGCCAGAAAUCCUGAUCAGGAAGCAGACGGCGAGAGUCCUAAGCUUGAAGAUUUCUUUAGCACCACCGCUACAGGGAAUACCACCACCGUCAACAACAUUCCACCGUCACACUCCCUCAUCCACGCUGGUGGCAAUAGCCAAAUCAUCUACCCGGCCACCGCUAAUUACCAUUUCGAUGCCAGCGGCGGCGGUGGUUCUUCGCCGCCACCGUCAACUUCGCUGGCCGGGCUCAAGGCAUGGCUGAGACAGCAGCAGCAGUUUAGCGACGAUCUUCAGCAGCAUACUAAUCAGACUUUGUCUCUGACGAUGAGCCCAAUGAUUAGCUCCCAGAUUAGUCACAGUAAUUACGGUAUUAAUGGUGAUGUGAAUGGGUUAAUGAUGGCGGCCGCUGGUCAGCAGCAGCAACAAAACAACAACAACAAUCUUAUCCUUCACGGGAAGGGUAAUAGUAACGGUGACGGUAAAAGUGGUAAGAGGGGUGGAGGUGGGAAGUAUGUUGAUAGUACUUUUGGGCAAAGGACUUCUCAGUUCCGAGGUGUCACCAGGCAUAGAUGGACUGGGAGAUAUGAGGCGCAUUUGUGGGACAACAGUUGCAGGAAGGAAGGUCAAACUAGGAAAGGAAGGCAAGUUUAUCUUGGUGGUUAUGACAAGGAAGAGAAGGCAGCAAGAGCCUAUGACUUGGCUGCCUUAAAGUAUUGGGGUCCUACUACUCAUAUUAAUUUCCCAUUGAGCAUUUAUGAGAAGGAGCUAGAGGAGAUGAAGCACAUGACUAGGCAAGAAUUUGUUGCUAAUUUGAGAAGGAAAAGCAGUGGUUUCUCAAGAGGAGCGUCAAUGUACAGAGGAGUGACAAGGCACCAUCAACAUGGCCGAUGGCAAGCUAGAAUCGGAAGGGUUGCUGGGAACAAAGACUUGUACCUCGGCACAUUUAGUACCCAAGAGGAAGCGGCCGAGGCAUACGACAUAGCGGCAAUCAAAUUCAGAGGGACGAGCGCCGUCACCAAUUUCGACAUAAGUAGGUACGACGUGAAGAGAAUCUGCUCUAGCUCCACAUUGAUCGCCGGAGAUCUUGCCAAACGUGCUUCUCCUCCUCCUCCGACCACCACCGGUCCACCGUUAAUGGCGUUGGAGGACUACAACUCGAGGAGCUCGUCGGAGGAGUUGCAAGCCGCCGAUGUGGCGGCAUGGAAUCAUCACAACGGAUCGAGUAGUAGUACAUCAUCUGGCCAUCCUUGUCAGCAAAGUGACGUGGCAGCCGCCGCCGCUGAGCUGGCUGCUAAUAAUGGCGCGAGGUGCUUAGAUUUGGCUGAUCAUGAUCAUCAGAACCGUAAUCACCAUCAAGCUCCAAUGUUCACUUUGUGGAAUCAGCAAUGAAAGGUUUAUAAGAACCUUUAGGUCAAAUGGUAGUUAGGGCAAAGGAGGAUAUACGAGGAUGAUAGUGACGAAUUGAUUUGGAAUCAUGUUUUAGCUAGCUCUAUAUAUGAUGAUAUAUAGUGUUUUUUAUUUUUAAGAUUAUAUUAUCGAUGCUUAGGGCUUC